CGAUCCCAAGCUCUGCGAUGAGCCUCAGCGACGCUGCGUCUCGCGCCGGAGAUUGUCCGUCUACCAGGCGAGGGAGGCAUCGUGGUGAUCUUGCCAAGCCUGGAAAUGCAUCUGAGCUUGGAUAUUUCGUCGCGUUUAGUGUGUUGCACGUGGGUUUAGAGUUUGCACCGAGUGGGGGCGAUUGAGGUUUUGUCUUUGGACUUGCAUUCCUUGAAUUCGUUGAAGAUUUUGGAGCCAUGGCGACGUCCCAGGCCUCCACUCUUGUCGUGGCUGGCGCGGGGCUCCAUGGAUAUCCACAGCUGCAUUCUCAUCUUCUUUAUGCGCCCAUUACCCAGCUCCCCUUGCAGCAACCGGGCUGCCUGUCGAGAGGAGCAAGCAGUUGCUACCCCACUAGCAGAAGGCCGCUGGUAGUGGCUGCCGUUGGUGGGUCUCCUUCUUCUUCGUCUUCUUCUGAACCGAUUCUGGAGGACGAGAAGCCGUCCAUGAGCUCAACCGCGGAGGACAGGGAAAAAGCGAGGGAAAUCCGCUGGAGGAAGGGCAUGGAGGACUACGAAGCUCUUAAAAAGGAACUUUCAGAUACAACAAUCAAAGUAGCAGUGGCCGUUGACGCGUACAUCUUCCUCACUCUAUCUCCACAGACUGCUGUGAGCUACACCAUUGGGGCAAUUGCAAGCUACUUGUACUUGCAAUUACUCUACCGUCAUGCAGACACGGUUUCAAAAGACAAUGUUGCCGAAAUUUUUCAGAAAAGGAGAGCAAAGACGAUCGGCAUCCGCAGCAGCGACGUGCAACAGGUCUUGGAGAAGACCAUCCGUGGGUGUGGGAUCUCGCUAUCAUCUCCACGCUUGAUUGUCCCUGCGGCGCUGUACACUCUGUGGGCGUUCUCCACUCGAUUCACCGGAACUUCUACCGACUCUUUUCACUUGGAGGUGACACCACUCAUGCUUGGCUUCUUUGCUUACAAAGGGGCAGCUCUUUUCCAAGCUUACCAGGACAACAAGGACUUACUGUUAAUAAUUGACACAGAGGAUUCGGAUUCUCGGUAAAUCAUACAGUAAUACAAUACAAUACAAGUUUGUCAUGUGCAUGACUUCUUCAUGUCUCGUCCUGGAGAGUGCUGCCGAGGAUUUACAUGCCAGUUUUUAGAAAGGUAUGUUCAAGUCAAUCAAUUCACUGGUGGAGGCAGCAUAUGUGGGUACACGAAGAGAUUUGUGGUGCUUUCAUACACUGGUAAGGAACAGUCAGCUUUAUGUACAAUAUUUCAGUGAAUUGAAGUACUGGACGAUCUUUUUCCCUUCGAGUGAAUUCAGUACAUGUUACAUUCAGUCUU